AUGGCUUCAUACCUCACACGACAUUCAACAAAGACACCCAUACCUCACACGACAUUCAACAAAGACACCCAUACCUCACACGACAUUCAACAAAGACACCCAUACCUCACACGACAUUCAACAAAGACACCCAUACCUCACACGACAUUCAACAAAGACACCCAUACCUCACACGACAUUCAACAAAGACACCCAUACCUCACACGACAUUCAACAAAGACACCCAUACCUCACACGACAUUCAACAAAGACACCCAUACCUCACACGACAUUCAACAAAGACACCCAUACCUCACACGACAUUCAACAAAGACACCCAUACCUCACACGACAUUCAACAAAGACACCAAUACCUCACACGACAUUCAACAAAGACACCCAUACCUCACACGACAUUCAACAAAGACACCCAUACCUCACACGACAUUCAACAAAGACACCCAUACCUCACACGACAUUCAACAACGACACCCAUACCUCACACGACAUUCAACAAAGACACUCAUACCUUACAUGACAUUCAACAAAGACACCCAUACCUCACACGACAUUCAACAAAGACACCCAUACCUCACACGACAUUCAACAAAGACCCCCAUACCUCACACGACAUUCAACAAAGACACCCAUACCUCACACGACAUUCAACAAAGACACCCAUACCUCACACGACAUUCAACAAAGACACCCAUACCUCACACGACAUUCAACAAAGACACCCAUACCUCACACGACAUUCAACAAAGACACCCAUACCUCACACGACAUUCAACAAAGACACCCAUACCUCACACGACAUUCAACAAAGACACCCAUACCUCACACGACAUUCAACAACGACACCCAUACCUCACACGACAUUCAACAAAGACACCCAUACCUCACACGACAUUCAACAAAGACACCCAUACCUCACACGACAUUCAACAAAGACACCCAUACCUCACACGACAUUCAACAAAGACACCCAUACCUUACAUGACAUUCAACAAAGACACCCAUACCUCACACGACAUUCAACAAAGACACCAAUACCUCACACGACAUUCAACAAAGACACCCAUACCUCACACGACAUUCAACAAAGACACCCAUACCUCACACGACAUUCAACAAAGACACCCAUACCUCACACGACAUUCAACAAAGACACCCAUACCUAACACGACAUUCAACAGACACUCAUACCUCUCACGACAUUCAACAAAGACACUCAUACCUCACACGACAUUCAACAAAGACACCCAUACCUCACACGACAUUCAACAAAGACACUCAUACUUCACACGACAUUCAACAAAGACACCCAUACCUCACACGACAUUCAACAAAGACACCCAUACCUCACACGACAUUCAACAAAGGCAUUAUAUAAAUCACAUGACCCCCAUUAAAGCAAUCUAUACCACGGAUAGUAUGUUGUUAAAUUACGUAAUGACAUGUGACUUACCACCUCAUAUCAUUGCGGCUUCGCCUUGA